CCCUACAUUGCUCCUGUUCUCCAUCUUUGCUUUCAAACAUCGGUACCACUGACAGAUUUUUCUAUUGUUUUUUCCUCAGGGCCGUCCAGGCCUGCAAAGCUGCCGGCGGCCUCCAUAACUGCCUCCUCCCACCCUCAUGCAUCAGUGAUCGCACCGCCACCUCUCCGUGCUCUAACCUCAGUCCCGCCCUGCCUGAGCCUGCCCUGCUGUGGUGCGCGCGCAAUCUCAGUUGGCGGGUCUCAGAGUGAGACAUCAGGCACAUUUGGAUAUCAUUGUCAGUUGUCAGGUAAAGAUGAGCCUUCAAGCUAUAUUUGCACAACAUGCAAGCACCCUUUUAAUAGCGCUUGGUUCUUGCUUCAGCAUGCCCAGAAUACACAUGGAUUCCGCAUCUACUUGGAAACUAGCCCUUCAAACAGCUCCCUUACUCCACGCAUCACCAUCCCUCCUCCUCUGGGACCCGAGACUGUUGCACAGUCCCCGCUGAUGAAUUUCCUAGGCGACAAUAACCCUUUUAGUCUCUUACGAAUGACAGGUCCCAUCCUGCGUGAUCAUCCUGGCUUUGGUGAAGGUCGGCUUCCCAACACACCUCCCCUCUUCAGUCCGCCACCUCGUCAUCAUCUGGAUCCACAUCGCCUUAGUGCCGAAGAAAUGGGGUUAGUUGCCCAGCAUCCUAGUGCCUUUGACAGAGUCAUGCGUUUAAACCCCAUGGCAAUUGAGUCGCCCGCGAUGGAUUUCUCCAGAAGGCUUCGAGAACUGGCAGGAAACAAUUCCACCCCACCACCAGUCUCACCCAGUCGCAGCAACCCUAUGCAUCGCUUGUUGAAUCCUUUCCAGCCAAGCCCUAAAUCUCCUUUUCUGAACACCCCUCCAUUGCCACCAAUGCCUCCAAGCAGCACUACGCCUCCUCAGCCUCAGGCAAAAAGUAAGUCCUGUGAAUUUUGUGGAAAAACCUUCAAGUUUCAGAGUAAUCUCAUUGUCCACCGGCGCAGUCACACAGGAGAGAAGCCCUAUAAAUGCCAACUCUGUGACCAUGCUUGUUCCCAAGCCAGCAAGUUAAAACGCCAUAUGAAAACGCAUAUGCACAAAGCUGGGUCCAUGACAGGGAGGUCUGAUGAUGGAUUGUCUGCCACAAGUUCCCCUGAGCCUGGCACAAGUGAACUUACUGGAGAGGGACUAAAAUCUAGUGAGGCAGAUUUCAGGAAUGAGAGUGAUCCUUCUCUAGGCCAUGACAAUGAAGAAGAAGAGGAGGAAGAAGAGGAGGAAGAAGAGCUGGAAAAUGAAAGUCGACCCGAGUCAAGCUUUAGCAUGGAUUCAGAACUAAGCCGUAACCGAGAGAAUGGUUCCAAAUCGCUGCCUGAUGAAAAAUCCCUUGUCCUAGGAAAAGUGAUAGAGAAUGUAAGCCUUGGUACCAUCCAGCAAUACAGUGACAUGCUGGCUGAAAAGCAGAAAAGAGGUGGCUUCAUGAAAAGGUCUUCAGAUCAGCGAGAUCUCUGCCCUCGAGACCUUUGCCAGAGAGACACAGGUGAUGAAGACUCAGUAGCUGGAGAACUUGACCGCACUGAGGAAGGGACAGUGAAUGGGAGAAACUUUGGGCCAGGUGAACCCUUCCCAGGGCUGUUCCCUCGCAAGCCCACCCCUAUCACAAGCCCCAGUUUAAAUAAUUCCUCCAAAAGAAUAAAGAUAGAAAAGGAUUUGGACUUGCCACCAGCAACAAUAAUACCUUCUGAAAAUGUUUACUCUCAGUGGCUGGUAGGAUACGCAGCAUCAAGGCACUUCAUGAAGGAUCCAUUUCUAGGGUUCACAGACUCCCGACAAUCCCCCUUUGCGACUUCUUCGGAGCAUUCCUCAGAGAAUGGAAGCCUGCGUUUCUCUACACCACCAGGUGACAUGCUGGAUGGUGGUCUCUCAGGGCGCAGUGGGACGGCGAGUGGAGGCAGCACUCCCCAUAUCAGUGGACCCGGUCCCGGUCGACCCAGUUCAAAGGAAGGACGGCGGAGUGACACGUGCGAAUACUGUGGCAAGGUCUUUAAGAACUGCAGUAACUUAACGGUGCAUCGCCGGAGCCACACAGGAGAGCGGCCUUACAAAUGUGAGCUCUGCAACUAUGCAUGUGCCCAGAGCAGUAAGCUGACACGUCAUAUGAAAACGCAUGGCCAGAUAGGGAAGGAGGUCUACCGCUGCGACAUUUGCCAGAUGCCCUUCAGUGUUUACAGCACCCUGGAGAAACACAUGAAAAAGUGGCAUGGCGAACACUUGCUGACAAAUGAUGUAAAAAUUGAGCAGGCAGAAAGAAGUUAAGCCCCCCCUCCCCCACUGGGUUAAAAGCAGGGGUCUAGGUAACAUUUAAGUUGUACAGUUUAACUAUUGCCAACUGAGAAAAGCUGACCUAACUUGCCUCCACAAACAUAUCUUAGUGUAACUAUGGCAGGUGCCAGAAUUUGGCACUUAAAUAUAACCUGUGUCUACAAAGUUCUAUUAAACCUGAGGAUUGGUUAAGGCAGUAAAAAUUGUGAAGCCUUUUAACUGUGCAAUAAUUUCUGUAUUUAUUGGGUUAUUUUGUUUUUUUGUUUGUUUUGGCAUGUGCAGGUACUUUUUUUUAAUACUUUUUUUUUCUUUUAGAUUUCCUUUUAAAUUUUGUUGGGUAUCCCAUUCUAGUUUUCCCCAAUAGUAACCUGAGAUUAUUUGCAUUACAAGGGGAGAUGCAUAUCAAUUUAAAUUAUAAUUUUAGAGGGCCGCUGCUUUGUUGAAUCUUAUGCUGAGCAUGUGUAAUUUCUUGUGAAGAAGCCAACAUUUUGUUUUUCUUGUUGUUGUUCUUUAAAAAGAAAAAAGAAAAUCAUUUGAGAAUUAGGAAAUAUUAAAUCGUAUCGCGGAUAACAAUCUUAAAAUUUUAGCACUUUCUUUUGGAUUUGGAUUUAAAAUUUAGCACUGAUGAUACCACUUAAAAUAGAGGCCUUUAUUUAAAAUAUUAUUUUUAACAGAUUCUAAAAUAAACAUUUUGAGAAAUAAAAAGAAACGGGCACCAAAUUCUCUAAAGGCAGCUAUAAUAACAAAAGCAAUAGCAAAAAUUGUGCAUUAUUUUUAGGGAAUUUGUUUUAAUGCCUUAUCCUUUUUUCUUUUCUGCCAUUUCUGUUACACAGUUCAUUAAAUAAAGAGAAACUGAGAGCCCUGAGAGCUUCAUGUGCAAAUUUUAGGAUGCAAAACACAAAGAAAAGCUUCAUUUUUUUGCAGGCAUGCCACUUAUCCUUGUUCACAUUAUACAUUAUUCACAUGAUAAUUGUCACUUGAUAACCUGAAUAUGUACAUUUACACUAAGUGACCAUUCUAUACCAAUAUGCAGCAACAGACUAGUGUGUGUUUUUAACUGAAAGUAGUUUAAUUAGUAUACAUGUGCGAUAUAUAUGUGCAUAGAGAAAUGCAUGUAUAAUAUGGGUAAAAUGAUAUUUUGAUUAUGACUGCUAUUCACUGAAAAACCACCCAAUCAGAUUAGAUGUGCAUAAAUUUGCUUAGGACUAAACAAAACUUUUGAAGAAAAAGGCUUUUUUUUUAGAAUACAUUUAUAUGUUGCAGCAGGUGUUCAUUUUAGAGGAAUCGUUCUGUGUGUGUGAAAUGAAAGGGUACAUAGUGCAUGCUCUGCACGCAGAAAGUUCCCAGUUCAGUUUUUGACAUCCCCAGGUACGGCUGGGAAAGAUCCAUUCCUGAAAUUCUGUAAAAUGUUUGUCAGUGUGGACAAUGCCAAACUAGAUAGAUUUACUAGAUAUCAGACAGCCUGUUUUAGUUGUUAGAGAAAAAUGCUUUUCCUUGUGUGAUCCUUACUAUCUGAGUUUUAUAAUUAUAUUUAAAAAAUGACUAACAAAAAAAAGUUGCCCAAUUAAUCAUGGAUUUAUUUAUUUACUUUUGGUACAAUUGUACUAUAUGCUGAGAAUAUUGUUCCUGAGAAUAAGCCCUUUUAAG